AUGUCAGCUCGCGAACUCAAGACCGUGACCCGACUCUCAUUUCCAGCUGCUUCCAGGCACGAUCCGGACCCAGGUCCCAAGGCUAGUUCGUUGCCUGGCCGUCAAUCUGGCCGCGUGCGGAACGACAGAAUUCCGCCAUCCGAAGCCCGAUCGGAGAAAUCCCAUUCCGCUUCGUUCCUAGGCAGAGAUGAGCACAAGCACGGAAUAAAAGAGGAGGAGAGUGAGAGUUUGAGAGAUCUGACGGGCAUCCGGAAGAGAAAAAAGGCAUUCAAAACGACUGAUGAUCCAGGCUACGAGUCCCCAACGGGGGAGAGGAUUAUACCCUCGCUUAAGAACUUUGAGAACAUGGAACCGGUCCCGAACCUUGCUCACAAAGGCGAGCGAGCCUUCAAUCGAGAGGGCCGAGCGAUAUGCCGUCGACUUCUGGAUUAUGAAUGGAGUGCAGCAGAUAUUGCGCUCGUAUUCUCUGCCUCCCUGAACACCAUAUAUCGAAUCAGCAGCAACAGUCUUUCAACUCCCGACGACAUCAGAAUGGACGACAGCCACAUUGCCGAACGGGCCUUCAAAAUGCGGUUUCCGGCGUUGAAGGAAAGUGGUACCAGUGAUUUCGAGAUCCUGGAGUAUCUGACAUUUUCUCAGCAUCGAUUGGCGGGAGUGAAGCCUGUUCCGCAACGUAUCCAGCAGAGAAACAAGACUCGCAGUCGUCUCGACCAGAGUAGUAGCUCCAUUUCCAAGAGACGGAUGAGACGCGAGGCUGACUCGAGUGACGAGGAAGAGGAACCAAUCCGGCCAAUGCCCAAGCCCAAUGCUGACACUACGUCUUCCUUGGCUCGUAAGAGGUAUCCACCGCAGAGAAGCCACCCUUCAGCCAAGCGCUCUCGCGAAACUUCGCCCAAUCGUUCUAAAAAGGAUCCGCUGGCGGUCUUUCUGGACAAAGCUCCAGGUAUGGACAGUGGCACGGAUCUCGAUGCGCUUCAAUCGGCCGGACUAAGCCUGGAUAUGCUGAAAGCUCUUGCUGACGGAUACUCGAACAACGAGCUGCUCCAAAUCUUUGUUGAUGCGAUGGGGAAAUCAGCCUACGGAAACUCCAUGGUCUUGAGUCCUAUCAAGCUCGCCGCCCUGAAACACGCUGUCGCGAAAUUGCGGACGGACAAGUGAUGCUUGAUUGCUGAUGUGAUGGUGCUCUUGCCUCUUUUGCAUUGUCUUGUAAUUUGAACUCGUCUACAUCCUCACAAUCAUGUUCUGAAUAGUCUUUCCUCGAAAACCGAUUUUGCGGCUUGACAGUCUGGUUCGGAAAUCAAAUUUCGCCGGAAUCGGGUCAUGAUCUGAUUGAUCAUCAGCCUCGGCUUCGUGGCUGGGCCCUCCGAAUCCCACGCCCAGGAUGAUCUAAAUGACCAUUGGUCUACCGACAUUUGCCACUCACACUCAUCAUGUCCACCGACACGCAGCGCCGCACACGCGCGUCUCGAGGGGCAGACCGGGCGUCAUCGUCACCCUCGGCUGAGGUGCAUGUGUCCGCGCACGAAAGCGUUCCCAUGGAGGACAUCUACGAGCCCGCGCUUCCAGGAGGUCUUUAUUCUGGUGUGCGGAUCCUCCCGGAGGAGCAGAGAGCGCCGAAAGAAAGGAGGAGAGUGCAGGUGCGCCGCACAGGGUGCGGCGCGCGCGUGCACGACAAAGCCACUCGGUGUCCGUCUACGCGUGCAAACUCGACGCUCGAGCCUCUCCCGACGAAUCAGACUGUCAGCAAGGAGCUAUGGAGCGUUUCAGCGGGUGGGUUGGCGACCACUGUUCUGCCACUCGACCCCCACUACUUUCCCGCGGACGCCGCUAGUGAGCUCAAUCUAGAUCGGAGAAGCUCUACGUGCGGUUGUGAAGUGCAUGGUGUCGGGUGCAUGAUGUGUGGCAACGCUUUAGGUGCUCUUCGCACGUUUUGCCAUGUACAUGCUCCCCGCGCGGCUCCAAACGGGUAUGUCAUUUGGCCAGGUUCCGUGACAGCGACGGCGAAUGCGCGAGAAGCCCGACCUCAUAUACCGCGUGAAGUGGCUGGUGAAGCGGUGGAUGCACGACUGCCAAGCGCAGAUGGUCGAGAAUUCCGAUUGCCACCCGACCGCGACACGCGGCUCCCUCUGGAUCGAGGCAGCAGCACUUUGCAGGCGCUAUUCCGACCCCCUCAGACCCCCUCCUCCCCUCCUCGACGGGGGUUCCUGAGGGCUCCUCUGCGUGCAAUGGCGGUGUCAGCCACAGACAGCCUGCCUGCAUCAGCUCCAGUCGAAGUUUCGGGAUGGCCGCGACAGCCGGUUCGGCGACAUACUCUACGCACCCAGAGCAGCUUCGAAGCUCAUUUCGGCUCAGGGGAACCAUCCGCUCCGGUUGUGGCUCCAGCAGCUGCGCGCUCUGGCUCGCGCCGCGAUUUGGUUUUCGGAACCGCGUCGCGUUCUGCAGAUGUCGAUGCCGCCAUGUCAGCUGAGGCCCGGCCAUCUCCGGCCACCGGCGCUGGUCCACAGGACAUGCCGCCGCUGUCUGCGGGUCUGUCUGAGGAAGGCGAAGACCGAGGCAUCGACACUGAGGACGGUCUUUGGAUGGAUUCUCCUAGAUCUGCGCAGCCCCGGAUGCUUCUGGAUCCCUACGGUGAUUCGUCCUUCGAACGGAUUCUCCGUGCUGCGCGCAGUCGCAACCCUUCUGGUGCGGGUAGCACUAUCUUGAUGGCGGAUAUCGAUCCAGUCGCGGAAGAAGGGUCCACCGCGGGCCUGCACCGAGUGGGCCCUUGGACAUCAAUUACCAUCGAUGAUCCUAUGUUGCCGGCGCCUGAGCCUGGAAGCUAGCACAUGGAUGUGAUCAUUUGCCCAUCCUUACUAAUGUCGUCCAUUUAGAAAGUCGCCGAUCGAGCUGUUGGAUGAUUCUGCAUUCUCGGAUACGUGAGCAACCACCCUAAGCCUAGUCUUCGUCGGCACUUGCUCGGUGCGAGACUAUCUCGACAUCCUCUCGACAUCCUUGGAAUCGAUCGCCGCUUAGAGUCUAUGAACCUCAAAGAUGCUCCGAUCACGUUUCAAACUUGCCUCGGUGAACGUUUCCGCGCAAGCUCCCACUGGCGGGGAAUAACCCAACAGAUAUGAUUAGAUAACGAUCUGGGGGACGUAGCCUUGGGAUCAGCUGUUGACGUCAACUCAACCAUGGCACUGACGAUGAUUAAAGCUUCAUUCACUCUGAGUCUUGGCACUGUUUGUGCUGUUGCUUCAAGCUGUUGGGAUGCCUCUUUUGGUCGGGCUUCCAUCCGCUGAAAUGAAUCCAAGUAUUGCUUGUGUAGGCGGAUGACAUCGAGAUGACUGUUAGCCUCCCCCAGGCUCAUCCUUGGCAAAUCGCAAGGUGCGCACCAUCGGAUGUGCUGCGCAGACCUCUCACUGCGAGUGGGUGUACUUGACUUUCCUGAUUCGGUUUUGCGGGUUCUCCGGCAAGAUGUCCCUGAAAACAUGCGGAGACACACGCUCGUGUCUAAUCCCAAGCCUAUAUGUGGACGGUGGGAAUGAAAGCUAUUUUCCAUAGGCUUUGGAUGUGGGCUUUAGUGGAGCCAAGCCGGAUACGCCCGAUCUCAGGGCAUGAGAAUCUGGAGGCGAAGUAAAACCGAGUCUUGGCAAAUUCGCGGGGAGUGCUUGGGUGUCUUCGAGAUGGAUCUGCCAGUGGUCAAGGUCGGACAUGUAUAAAGUCCGAAUACAGUGGCGAACUUGAACCCAGGGAAGCCCACACAAAUGGCCUGCUCAAAGUCGCAUACUGUUGUGUCGCGCCUAACGCGGAACAUCCACGCCUCGUCGGCCGCCCGAGCUGCGACGCUCUCCGUCCCCUAGCAGCCUCUGCCCUUUACCAUGCCUCCACCCGGCCUGGACAUCUUCGACGCCCCAGUGCGUCUCAGGCGGCAUGCCCCACUCGCCUCCCCGUCGAUGCAGCCCCUACCCUAUCACCCCACCCCGAGCCGAACCCACCUGUCCACCCCGCAGGUUCUGGUGUUCUCCGGGCCUGCAGGCACGCGGCCGGUCCGCGUGGAAACCCCAUACCACGACGAGAGUGCGGCAGCCCCCAGUCCCAGCCGCGUCGUGAUGUUCGACGGCCCCGCACGCUCGCCUCCGCGAUUAGUCGCUCGGCCCCGCCCGAAUGCGAGUCGGAGGAAGGGCCACUCCGCGGAAUCGAGACUGAAUCUGGUCGCAGUGGGCACUGGAUUGGUCGCUGCCACCGCGAUUGGUGUGGGGAUGGCGGGCUCAUGACAUGUGCCAUCCUCGAUGCAUUCUAUCCUUUGUUUUUUUAUUGGUUCUUGGAGCGAGGCAUACUAUGUACUGAAUUCAACGGUCAAUUGUACAUAUAGACAGUGUGUAUUAGAGUGUAGCAAUGUUUUGAAGAUUUUUGCAUUCAUCUCGGA